AGCCCUUCAUCAUAACUGAGCUCAUUGCGACAACCACAACUCUUGUAACCACUUUCCGUCAGACAGAGAGCAAACUCAUCUGACAAUGGCAUCGACACUCCUCCGUCAAAGCGCCCUGCGCACCGCCCUGCGAUCCUCCGCACCAUCGACCGCGAAGAAAGCAGCUCUUGCGAGCACCACCUUCACCCGCGGCAAAGCCACCCUUCCAGAUCUUCCAUACGACUAUGGCGCCCUCGAGCCUGCGAUCUCCGGCCAAAUCAUGGAGCUCCACCACUCCAAGCACCACAACACCUACGUGACCUCCUACAACACACAAAUCGAGAAGCUGCAGGAGGCGCAGCACAAGGGCGAUAUCCAGGCACAGAUUGCCAUUCAGCCAUUGAUUAACUUCCAUGGAGGCGGCCACACAAACCACAGCCUCUUCUGGGAGAACCUCGCACCGAAGUCUCAGGGAGGUGGCGAGCCACCAAGCGGUGCACUCUCCAAGUCCAUUGACUCUCACUUUGGCUCUCUGGACAACCUGAAGUCGCAAUUCAACACAGCAUUGGCCGGCAUUCAAGGCUCAGGCUGGGCAUGGCUGGUGCAGGAUGUCCAGACUGGUGCUAUCCAGAUCAAGACAUACGCCAACCAGGACCCAGUCGUUGGUCAAUUCCGACCAUUGCUAGGAAUAGAUGCAUGGGAGCACGCUUACUACUUGCAGUACCAGAACCGCAAGGCUGAGUACUUCAGCGCUAUCUGGGAUGUUGUCAACUGGAAGGCGGCAGAGAAGAGAUUCAAGUAGAGGGCAAUACGGCGGAAGCAAGCUCAAAAGCGGUUCAUUCGGCACGACAGAGCUCGAGGAUACUGUGAGACAAUGAACAUUCUGUACGAUAUGACGAAUGCACGCAGGUGUAUGCAACGAUUCGAAAGGCACACGCAGAUCUUCUUCAUCGGUCUCAUCAUUGACACUACAAUCCCGGAGUCGGAUCCAAGUGGUAUGUUGGCGCGUGACUGUCUGGAUGACUGCUGUACUGCAUUGAUUUUGUCUUCUGAGCAGCAGAUUGUUUCGCCUUCUCACCCUCGAUCUUGCGGCAUCGCACGUUAUCUGUAAACCACCUGAACUUCUGCAGCGCAUUAGCUCUGCACGUCAACAAAAUCCAUUGCAGCAUUAUGGAUGU